CUUGUAUCGAUUGAACCCGACUUUGAAAUAGAAAAGGUUUUAUUUACACAACAUGAAUAGCUGUUUAGAUAACAUAGAAGUUUGUAUAAAUGAAGUACCAAAGAUUCGCAGGUGCUGUAUCUGCGGUGAGCGAACCUCAACACAGUCGACUAUAGAAAAUACUAGCGUUGGAUCACCUCCAAUUUUAUUGAAGGAUGUGAUAUUUAAGUGCAUCGAACCACCUGAAUAUUUUUGGAAAAUGAUUGCUGACGAGACUGCAAAUAACUACAUCUGUGCAUUUUGUGAAGUGUCGCUUAGCGAGUUCUAUGAUGCCUUUUUGCAAGUCUCACUUAAACGAACUGAGUUUCUAAGGAGAUUCCGGGAAAGGAGUGAAAGUCCCGUCGAAUAUUUUGUUGUUUUCAAAUCUUCAAAAAUGGACUCAAACUCGUACCGCAAAUCUAUUGACCAUCAAAGUGCUGAAAACACUGAAAUGUGCCACCCAAUAGAAAACCAUUUAAAUGUUUAUUUGGGUGAUGAAUAUAAAACUCAAAAUCUUUCCAAUGAUGAGUUUGUUGAAGUUUAUCAACCGGAGGAAAGGUUAGAGGAUGAUUGGUCAUCCGAUUGCUCGAACGGCCUUCAGGGAUUGCAAGACGAUGUACAUGAACGUAGAGCCUUGAUCUCUAUCGAGCGAUUGCCAAAACCUAGACUCAGAUAUUGCUGGCGUUGUGAUAAAAUAUAUGCAUCCGACGUUGAUUUUGAAAUUCAUGUAAAGCAAGUUCACGCAAAGAGUACAAAAAAGCUCACAAGUAAAAAAUUCUUACCAGAACAUUCUGUUAACGCUCCAGGUCAAUAUUCAUCUCCGUUACGCUGUGAAAUAUGUGGUGGGGAAUUUAGUUCACGUACAUGUUUUCAAUCACAUAAAAACGCACAUAAAGAAAUUACUUGCUCGCUUUGUUCUAAGAAAAUGCCCACUCGGCGUAGCUUUCAACAGCAUAUGGCGCAUCAUAGCGGUAGUAAAAGUCGUCAAUAUUCAGAUGUUCGCAGCUUUGUAUGCCCAGUAUGUGAUGUCAAAUUUGGGACUGCUUGGAACUUAAAACGUCAUACAAAAUUUUAUUGCUUAGGACCUAUUAGUUAAAAUCCCUAAAAAUUACAUUAAUUGUACGAUCAAAAAUUUAUAAUAAAUUGUUACAGGUGUAAAAAACAAUAUGUUCAGUAGGGCUGGGUAAUGGUGCAUUUACAUGGUACGAAGCCAUAUGAACUGUUGAUACGCUAAAAUAGA